CGACGCUAACAACCUUGCCGUCAAUCAUCCCUUUGAAUUUUGGGACUCUUCAUAUCAGGAAGAAAGGAUCUACAAAAGGGUCUUCUCCAUAGUUGAAUUUUGGGUUGUACACACACAAGGGGAGAGAGAGUGUGUGAGCGAGAGAGAGAGGCUAAUUUACAUGUAUAUGUACAUGGAUCGUGUAAUGGUCCAUAGUACAAAAAACAUACGUACUGUUUUUAUGGAGAAUUAGAAGAAAUCAAGGAGGAGGAGGAAGAAGAAGAAGAAGAAGAAGGUGGUCUGGUGUAGAUGGCAUCCCCGCCGAGCAAUCGGCUACAACAUAUGCUACAGGCAGCCGUGCAGGGCGUUCAAUGGACUUAUAGCCUCUUUUGGCAACUCUGCCCACAACAAGGGAUUCUGGUUUGGGGAGAUGGGUAUUACAACGGCGCUAUUAAGACAAGGAAGACAGUGCAGCCCAUGGAAGUGAGCACGGAAGAGGCUUCCCUGCAGAGGAGCCAACAACUGAGAGAGCUGUACGAUUCGUUAUCAGCUGGGGAAACUAACCAACCAGCCCGCCGACCAUGCGCUGCACUCUCUCCAGAGGAUCUAACGGAGUCAGAAUGGUUCUACCUUAUGUGCGUCUCUUUCUCUUUUCCUCCUGGUGUCGGGUUACCAGGAAAGGCAUAUUCAAGGCGUCACCAUGUGUGGCUCACCGGUGCAAAUGAGGCUGAUAGCAAACUCUUCUCUAGGGCAAUACUUGCUAAGAGUGCUCGGAUCCAGACUGUAGUAUGUAUUCCUCUCAUGGAUGGCGUCCUUGAACUUGGCACAACAGAGAGGGUUCAAGAGGACUUGGGGUUGAUCCAACAUGCUAAGAGCUUCUUCACAGACCACCAAAACCAGCAACAACUCCCCAAGCCUGCACUCUCUGAACAAUCCACAUCCAACCCCACCUCCUCUUCCGACCGGCCUUGCUUACACUCUCCACCCCUCCCAACCAUGUUCGCAAUAGCCAACCCACAACCCAAACAAGAUGAACCCAACCAAGAAGAAGAAGACGAUGACGACGACGAUGAUGAUGAUGAAGCUGAUUCAGACUCAGAAGCUGAAAUAGGCAGAACCCACAUGAAUUUCGGGAUAAACCCUGUCCACAUGUGUGGACAAAUCCCUCAUGUUAUGUCCACAACACAGAUAAUAGCUGAGCCGAGUGAGCUAAUGCAACUGGAGAUGUCAGAGGACAUUCGGAUAGGCUCCCCAGAUGACUGCUCUAACAACAUAGAUUCUGAGCCACAUGUGCUUGCUGCAAGCCACUCUGUCGGUCAAGCUGACCAACCAUGUCUUAUUGAUUCCUAUCGCGCCGAGUCGGCUCGGGCUUGGCCAUCCCUCCCUGAUGAGCUCAACAACACCCUUCCACCUUCAGGAUCUCCACAAAUCCAUGACUUGCCGCAAGAAGACACACACUAUUCACAAACGGUAUCUGCAAUUCUACAACUGAAUUGUGGCCGUUGGACUAAUUCUUCAUCAAACGGUUACUUUGAUUAUUCACAACAAUCGGCAUUCUCUAAGUGGAGCGGCAAAAAUAAUCACCUCCUCUGUCUACCUCUAGAAGGGACUUCCCAGUGGCGUCUAAAAUACAUUCUCUUCACAGUUCCCUUCCUUCAUAACAAGUACAGAGAUGAGAAUUCACCAAAAUCUCGAGAUGGUGACAAUGGAAGCCGGUUUCGGAAGAGCACGCCUCAAGACGAAUUGAGUGCAAACCAUGUUCUUGCUGAGCGACGUAGGAGAGAGAAGCUAAAUGAGCGGUUCAUAAUCCUUCGCUCCUUAGUCCCAUUCGUCACCAAGAUGGAUAAGGCUUCUAUCUUGGGUGACACAAUCGAAUAUGUAAAGCAACUACGUAAGAGAAUACAAGAUCUCGAAUCACGAAAUCGGUCAAAUGAAAGCAAUCAAAGGUUGAAGGAGAUGGAGUUACAAAAGUUGAACAAUUCAAAAGAGCAAAGCAUCCUAAUAAAUACCAACUUGACUAAGUCCAAUGCAUCUCAAAACUCAAGUGGGGACCGAAGUCGAAGUCCGAUUAUGGAGAAGAGGAAAAUGAGAGUAGUUGAAGGAACAGGGAGUGCAAAGACGAAAGCAGUUGAUGCGACAUUCAAUAAUACUGUUCAGGUCUCUAUAAUUGAGAGAGACGCUCUGUUGGAGUUCCAGUGCCCAUACAGGGAUGGGCUGCUUCUUGAGAUCAUGCAGACACUUUCUGAACUCAGGUUAGAGAUUACUGCCGUCCAGUCUUCUUCAACUAAUGGCAUUUUCAUCACGGAAAUACGAGCUAAGGUGAAAGAUAGAAUUAAUGGAAAGAAAGCUAGUAUUAUGGAAGUAAAGAAGGCAAUUCAUCAAAUCAUCCCCCAUUACUGAUAUGGUUGGUAUAAUUUUUCUAAUCAUAAUAAGAGGAUUAUUUUUCCACACGGGAGAGAAAUUCAUCAUUAUCUUUGACCCGAAUUGUCAGUUUAUGCAUCAUUGAUCAAGGUUUAAAAUUGGUGUAUCGGGUACAUAAUAUUCACUGCCGAUAUAGUCUCGUAUCAUCAUGUGACACCCCUUAUUGGGCUAUUUCAGGCUAAUACGAGGAUGAUAUAGUCAUAUCAUUCACGGGCAAUAACAGUAUCUAUCAUGGGAUAUGUACCCUUUUUUUAUGAUACUUAAUACCUUGUCACUGACUAGAUGUAUUGUAAAUAAUUAUUGUUGAAACAAAGUUCACUCUAUGACCAAUAAGGUAUUGUAAAAUCAUAGUCUGUAAGUAUAACAUUUCAUAUUAAUUGUACCAUCUAUGUAUAAAGAGAACAUAUGAAGGGACAUUUCCAUCAUAAUGUCAUUGUUGUAA